CAGGCUGAGCGCCAGGGAGACAGAAGCGCAGCGACUCACCACCGGCUGCCGGCCACCGGCGCGACUCCGCGGCGUUCCUCAUGGGACUCCGGCACCUGGCGUUGUUGCUGCCUCUGCUGCUCCUGCUUCCGCCGGAUUCUAAAGGUGCUUUGGGAAAAACCCAUUCUAGGAAUCGAAGAGGAAUCCUUGAAUUAGCUGGAGCCAUUAAAUGCAGCACAGGACGCUCUCCUUUUGCUUAUCUACGUUAUGGAUGCUAUUGUGGUCUGGGAGGGCAAGGCUGGCCUAAGGAUAAAGUAGACUGGUGCUGCUUUAAGCAUGACUGUUGCUACAGUAAGGCAGAGCAAGCAGGCUGUAAGCCCAAGAUACAGAGCUAUAACUGGGAAUGUGAAGACAAUGCUGCUGUGUGUGAUUCACUAGAAGACAAAUGUCAAAAAAUAAUGUGUGAAUGUGACCGCAAAGCUGCCAAGUGUUUGGCUAAAGCCCCUUAUUACCCAAGGUACAUUUUCUGGCCAGAUUUUGUAUGUGGUAACAAUCACCCAAAAUGUAAGUUUUGAUGAGACAGGAGGACACUACUCUAAUAUUUAUAAAAAUCUGUACGUGCUUUUGAAUUUAAAAAAUA